AUGGAACCAAAAAUUGUUCAUAUUCCAAACGAAGUCCUCUCAUAUCUCCUUCCGUGGGGAUCUUUAGUGCUUUGCUCAUGCAUUCUCGCCAUAGUCUUAUUAUCUAAUCUUUUUGAGCGAUGGCUACUUGGAGCGCUUUAUCCACAAGUAUGGGCAGACCUUGCCCAUCAUGAAAGACGACGUCGAUCCUUUGUUUACCUGCACAUCGGUGUGUUGAUCAUGGUCUUUCUCUGUAUCUUCGGUGCCUUUCCAGUGUUUGACUUCCUCGUUGGCCGAGCCCAAGUCUCGGACAUUUUGUUCAAACGCGUCACGUAUGGCGACUAUUUGUUUGUGCUGUCUCAUAUAUAUAGUGCAUACUAUAGCUUUGAGCUCAGCUUUCGCACAAAGUUUGCUAGUGCUAUCAGUAUCGCUCAUCAUAUUGGCCUGUUGAUUGUUAUACAAAUGGCCUUAGCACUCUUCGGAGAUGUGCAAAAAUAUCCUGAGGCAAUCCUCGAAUUUUAUAUGUGUAUGGUUUGGGGUACUUUUGAUGUUAUUGUCGAGCUUUUUCUCUACACAUUCAUGAUCAUUUGGCGAGUUAAGAGCUAUAACCAUUCACUACUAACCCAGAUGGCUUAUGUAUGCUGUGUCUGGGUUCUAGUGGGAGCAACUGUUGAAACAGCAAUCACUAUAUGGCUCCUCAAAUGUUCAUGGAGUCGGUGGAGUGUGUCCUUUCGCAUUCUCCUUCCUUUACUAUUUUCACUCUGGAUUUCCACCCAGCUCUAUGGUGGGUACAGGAUUUUUGGCAUGGCUCGCUCUCAAGAGCGACGAGCGAAGCUUGACCCGCAAACAUCACGCUCUGAUCAUGACGAAACGUCGAGUCUCGAACGCCGGAAGCCUUAA